AGCCACUCUGACGUGUGCUACUAACAGAGGAGAAAGAAAGAGGCGCCGCCGCUGCUGCUGCUAAACCAAAUCCCCAAACCUCUGAAAAUGGAUCCUGACGCCGUGGCCAAGGCUUUUGUGGAGCAUUACUACUCAACCUUCGAUGCUAAUCGGGCCGGGCUCGCCACCUUGUAUCAAGAUGGAUCUAUGUUGACUUUCGAGGGCCAAAAAAUCAUGGGAUCCCAAAACAUCGUCGCCAAGCUCACCGGCCUUCCCUUUCAGCAGUGUCAGCAUCAAAUCUCCACCGUUGACUGCCAGCCAUCUGGCCCCGCUGGCGGUAUGCUCGUUUUCGUCUCCGGUAAUCUCCAGCUCGCCGGUGAACAGCAUGCGCUUAAGUUCAGUCAGAUGUUCCAGUUGAUGCCAACAGCACAAGGAAGCCUCUUUGUGUUAAAUGACAUUUUCCGCUUGAAUUAUGCUUGAUUGACAUUGUCGAGGAUUCGAACUUGACCAGGGAUUUGAUGAACUGCUCCUCCUCAGCAUAGAGGAGGUCCUUUAUUCUUUAGUGUUAAAAAAAGUAUUGAGAUUCAUGAUCUGCUUAUUGGUUUGUUGGUUAUUUUUUGGAGAUUUUAGACUGUUUACAAAAAAUUGGAAUCAGAUGAACUUGAUUGCGUCGACUAUCUAAAGAUUUGUGUUGAAUCUAGUGAAACGGAAAUUGAGAUGUACCAUCCACUUUCCAUUUUAUUGCUGUGUAGACAUUCUUAAAUAGUUUAUCAUGUCACUGUGAUAUUGGA